AUGUCGUGGAACUCUCAAGGUUUCUUAGAUUCUUCUACCUACAAUCAACAAUAUGGUGGACCAACAGCCUAUGAACUUCACCAAAAACAGCAGCAACAACAACAGCAACACUAUGGGCCUCCUCCUCCUCAGCCGCAUCUACCCUACCCAAGCGGUAAUUUUAUGCCAUCACAAUACAAUAUAAAUCCACAAGGAAAUCCAGCUCAAUUUUAUCGACCAGAUGAUUUCCUUCCACCACCUGUAAAUCCAGUAAAUAAUGACGACGACGAAAUACCAUUACUUGAAGAAUUAGGCAUUAAUUUCGAUCAUAUCUAUAAAAAAACUAAAUCUGUUUUAAAUCCAUUUGCAACGCCGGAUAUAUCAAUUAUGGGCGAUGUUGAUCUUGCCGGUCCACUUGUAUUUUGUCUUGCAUUUGCUUGUAGUCUUUUAUUAAUGGGUAAAAUACAUUUUGGUUAUGUUUACGGUAUUGUUACAUUGGGUACUGUUGGAAUGUAUGGUUUAUUGAAUAUGAUGACAUCACCUGACAAACCAUGUUCAGGUAUAUUUGUAACCAGCGUACUUGGUUAUUGUCUAUUACCAAUGGUUAUUCUAUCGUUUUCAUCGUUUUUAUUUCAACUAAAUGGAUUAAUUGGUUUAAUGGUUGCGUCAAUAUUUAUCAUAUGGUGUUCAUUAUCAGCCUCGAAACUUUUCGCGACAUCAUUAGCAAUGAUUGGACAGCAAAUUCUUGUUGCAUAUCCUUGUGCAUUAUUUUAUGGAGUUUUUGCUUUGUUAACUAUAUUUUAA